AUGGCGAACAUCCAGGUGGACGAUAUCCUCGCGGGGACACCCGCGGUGCAGUGCAAGACCAAGGUGCGCGCCCCUUCCGCCCCGACGACCCGCGAUCCGCCCGCUCGAUUCCUCACGCGUCUCGCUAAUUAUGGCAUCCCUCUGGCUCCCGAGCAGAUUGUGUGCACGCUCGGCCCGAAGAGCGCGGAGCUCUCCAUCAUGGAAGACCUGCUCCGCGCGGGUAUGUCCGUCGCGCGCUUCAACUUUUCGCACGGCUCCCACGAGUACCACCAGGGCACGCUCAACACGCUGCGUCAGGCGAUGCUCAACACCAGGCUGAUGUGCGCGGUGCUUUUGGACACCAAGGGACCGGAGAUCCGCACGGGAAUGCUCAAGGGGGGCAAGCCCGUCUUGAUGGAGGCUGGGCGCGAGGUGACGAUCCACACCGACUACACCUUACACGGAGACGAACACAACAUCGCCAUGAGCUACAAGAAGCUACCCAACGACGUCGCGCCGGGCGCGGAGAUCCUGAUCGGAGACGGCAGCAUCGUCAUGGUCGUGCUAUCAUGCCACCCCGAGAACGGCACGGUCAGGUGCAGGUGCGCCAACACCGCCAUGCUGGGCGAGCGCAAGAACGUCAACCUCCCUGGCGUUGUCGUCGACCUUCCAACCAUCACCGAGAAGGAUCGCGACGACAUCCUGGGUUGGGGCGUGCCCAACGGCAUCGAUUUCAUCGCCGCGUCGUUCGUGCGCAAGGGUAGCGACGUGAGGUACAUCAGGGAGGUCCUCGGCGAGGAGGGCAAGUCCAUCAAGAUCAUCUCCAAGGUUGAGAACCAGGAGGGCCUGGUCAACUUUGACGACAUCCUGGAGGAGAGCGACGGCGUGAUGGUCGCGCGCGGCGACCUCGGGAUGGAGAUCCCGACCGAGAAGAUCUUUCUCGCGCAGAAGCUCAUGAUCGAGAAGUGCAACGCCGCGGGUAAGCCCGUGGUGACGGCGACGCAGAUGCUCGAGUCGAUGGUGAAGAACCCGAGGCCCACGCGAGCCGAGGCUACCGACGUCGCCAACGCCGUCCUCGACGGCACCGACUGCGUGAUGCUCUCGGGGGAGACGGCGGCCGGUGCCUUCCCGGUGGACGCGGUGCGGGUGAUGAGUAAGAUAUGUCGCGAGGCGGAGGUGAGCAUCGACCACUACCAGCUGUUCAAGAGCAUCCUCGCGCAGGUGCCCAUACCCAUGCAGCCCCUCGAGUCUCUCGCGUCGAGCGCGGUGCGAACGGCGCAGAAGGUUCGCGCGGCGCUCAUCGUGGUGCUGACCCACGGCGGGAGCACCGCGAGACUGGUGGCCAAGUACCGCCCGGCGGUUCCGGUGCUGACCGUGUUCGUGCCCACGCUCACCACGGAUUCGCUCACGUGGCAGUGCAGCGGCGAGUCCCCCGCGAGGCAGGCUAACCUCACGCGCGGUUUGAUCCCGCUUCUGGCUGAGGGCAGCGCGAGGGCGACGGACACGGACACCACGGACGAGAUCCUCCACGCGGCGAUCGAUCACGCCAAGGCGGCGGGGUACUGCGCCAGCGGAGAGUGCAUCGUCGCGCUGCAUCGCAUCGGGAACGCGUCGGUGAUUAAGAUUGUUAACAUCCCGUGAUGAGCCGGGGUUGGAGUUGAAUUUCUGUUAUCUAGUUUGGUUCCUCAUGGUCUCUUCGUCCCCAGCACGCGCUUCGCCUUCCGGGUCAUCGUCGAGGCGUAAGGCGAUGCUGGCAUCAGUUUCACCGCGUCCACCUUGGGCUUGCUCCGUCCGCUGCCCCCUUCGCUCGGCCGCAAAGUCUUCGGUUUGACGUUCUGAUCCGACUCGUUCUCCUUUGCGGCGCCCAGCGUUCGCGGCUGCGGCUGCGCCCGCUCCUUCACCGGGCUCGACCUCGAGGGAGACGACGGCGGCGUCAGGCCCGAGCCCCACGGGCGCGGGUGAAGUACCGAACCCCGCGGCGGGGAUUCGACCGCGACGCCGUCCCUGGCCGGGGCCCUCUGCCUCGCCGGGGAGAGCGCCGCUGUUUGCUCUCGCCGCGGCUGAACCCGCUUCGCCUCGGCGACGGACGGCUUCCUCGAUUCCGGCUUUGGCGCGGGCUUGGCGGCGGGCUUUGGCCUUACGCGCGCGGGUGACACGAUCGUCUCUCUCGUCGCGGCUGGGUUCAUCGGUCCCCUCGCCGAUCGCUCCGCCGCCGCGGGCUUUGACUUGUCCGGCUGCGGAGGCUUCUUGGCCGCCGCCGGUCUCCUCUGAGCCUUCUCCUUCCUCGGCGCCUUCUCAUCCGCCAAAGCUUUCUUGCCCUGCGGAAACCUCUCCAGCGCGACCCUGACGCGCGCCAGCACCUUCUCCAGCUCGCCCAUCACGAACGCCUCGCC